AUGCCUCCUAGCUCCGUUCUCCUCGUCACAGCCCACCCAGACGAUGAGGCGAUGUUCUUUGCUCCCUCGCUAGCGCACUAUGCGAGGCACGGAGACCUGGUGACCAUCCUGUGCUUGUCCACUGGCGACGCCGACGGCCUCGGACGGAUCCCCGCGGACCGCGUCACCGUGGUCGACCACCCACGCCUGCGGGACGGGGUAGCGACGGCCUGGCCUGAGGCCACUGUGGCCGACCUGGUGGCGGCCGAGCUGCAGAAGCGCCGCUGCGACACGGUGCUCACCUUUGAUGCACGCGGCGUGUCUGGCCACGCCAACCACACCGCCGUGCAUCGCGGCGUGCGGUCGCUCCUGCAGACAAGGGGGCCCGCCCUGGGUGUCACCAGCGCCUGGCAGCUGGUCAGCUUGGGCCUGCCCCGCAAGUUCUUGUCAAUCGCAGACACCUGGCUGUCGCGCACCCUGGCGCCGCGGGGCGCGCUCGUGCUGGCGGGCGGCUCCUUGGGCACCAGUCUGGCAGCGAUGCGCGCACACGCCAGCCAGUGGGUCUGGUAUCGCAAGCUGUUUGUUCUGCUGUCCAGCUACACAUACGUCAACACCCUGGCCCCUCUCAAUUGA